UGGCCCUGCAGUAGCUAUGUCAGCCCCGUCUGCAGCAGAUUUGUCUCGUCGUCGGGCUCCUCGUCAGGAAAAUGACGAUGCUGCCAACCGAGUUCGCGAAUUUAAGGUUGUUGGACAUGUUGGAUUGCGCGAGCCCUCUGCAACAUUCCCAGUCCUCGGAACACUGUGGAGUGACGUACGCAUGGCUGUCUCCAGCUGGUAUGGUGUUGAACCCCAGUCCUCUCGCCUUGCAUGGAAGCUGUCCUCGGAGAGCAAGAAGAACAUGAAAGCACUCGAAUCUGAUCUUGACUUCACGAACGCGGUCGUAUCGGUUACAGACAAAAUGCAGAGAGCGAAGACUGCAAAGUAUUGGCUAGACGUGUAUGAUCUGAACUGGCUUGACGCUGACAAGAACAAGAGCGGUAAAUCUGGACAAAAGCGGCGUCGUCAAGAUGAUGUCCCCAAUGUCGAGUUCCCUUCGGAAACGCAGGCAGCCUGUUAUAAGAAACUCGUCAAGAAAUGGGCUUGCGAACAGCACCGUGGCUGGUGCUUCAUACGCCGCAACGGGGAGCACGAUGCCCUCAACUUCAAAAUUCUUUCGCUCUGGGCGGAACAAAUGUCUGAAGGUGUUGCGGAUGAGUGGCGACCUCCCGAAAUGAAAGCCUUUGAUCAUGUGCCUAAACGAGCAAAAGUGUCUCAUGGCUCGGUGCCCGCGAUCAACAUUGUCCUUCCACAUGGCUCUUUCACGGUCGAUACUACCCAGCCUCAAGACGGUGGAUGUACCUCGACCAUGGGGGCAGCCUCUACACCGCAACCGAGCACCUCUACAUCUACUGCCAUGCUCGAUGCUGCUUCGGUGUCUGCAACUGCUGGACCAUCUUCCAUCCCGACGGCUAGCCAACCAGUGGGAGCGACUCUGUCUCCCGAGUAUCCGUGUGUAGAGGACCUCCUCGACAUGCUUGAACGUCGCAAGCCAGGCUCCGGAUAUAUGACCAUGCUCGAUCAGCUCCACCUUUACGGUCUUAUGACUGCUGACGAUAUCAGUCGGUGCAAUCGGGAGACUCUCCAAAGCAUGGUAGACCUCCCAGGCGAGUGGUGCUCCGAUCUUUACAAGCUCGCUGUCGAUGUUGCAGGGGAUUGGCACCGCAUUCGCACAGUUGAGCCAAAGGGUUCGACACCGAUGCAGACCGGAGUCGGCUCGAUUUCCUAUGCCGAAUCUGAUUCGGAGUAUGACGAGUUAGAUGAAUCAGGGUCGGAGUCGGAGGACGGUACAGGGUCUGAUGAGGUUGUUGCAGCUCAUCGCGACUAUUAG